AAAUAAAUUUGUCAUCUGUCCUCAUGUUUAUUGCAAUUUAUUGAUAUUUCAGUAAGAAACUGAAUCGGAAACUCCAAUUUUUGUCAAAUAUAUCGGAAUAUUUCUUAUCGAGUGUUUAUAUAUUCUUCCGGAUUAUUGGUCAAUUAAUGAAAUUUGUGAUAAGCUUUAAUUCAAAUUUAUCAUCGGAACAAAACGACUCAGCUCCAACAAAAUUUGAUUUAUUAUUGUGAUAUUAAUCUUGCGGUUAAAAAAUAUUUGGGUGAAUAUAAAAAUGGCCGAUUCAGCCAGUGAAUCUGACUCCAGCAGCAUUGAUGGAGGUCCAAUAAUGAUGCCCCCAAGCCCUGUAACAAGGGAACAGCUGCAAAAACGUAUUGAAAGUUUACAGCAACAAAACAGAGUGCUCAAAGUAGAAUUAGAAACUUACAAACUUCGAGUAAAAGCUCUUCAAGAGGAAAAUAGGGAUCUUCGAAAAGCUUCUGUUAUAAUUCAAGCAAAGGCUGAGCAAGAAGAAGAAUUUAUUUCAAAUACUUUGCUUAAGAAGAUUCAGGCUCUUAAAAAAGAAAAAGAAUCAUUGGCUCAUCAUUAUGAACGUGAGGAGGAGUGUCUCACAAAUGAUUUGUCAAGAAAACUGACUCAGCUUAGACAAGAAAAGUGUCGUCUUGAACAAACACUAGAGCAGGAACAAGAGUGCCUUGUUAAUAGACUAAUGAGGAAAAUUGAAAAGUUGGAAGCAGAGACUUUGGCUAAACAAAGCAACUUGGAACAGUUGAGGAGAGAAAAGGUGGAGUUAGAAAAUACUCUUGAACAAGAACAAGAAGCUUUGGUAAAUAAGCUAUGGAAACGGAUGGAUAAACUAGAGGCCGAAAAGCGGAUGCUGCAAAUUAAGUUGGACCAACCAGUUUCAGAUCCAGCCAGUCCCAGAGACAUUAGUAAUGGUGAUACAGCUAGUAAUCUUAGUUCGCACAUACAGACUCUUCGAUCCGAAGUGACCAGACUGCGCCAAACUCUGGCCAUAAGUCAGCAAGAGCACACUCAAAAAAUGCAAAGAUAUGUUCAAGAGGAGAGGAAUAUAAAAGAGGAGAAUCUGCGUCUGCAAAGAAAGUUGCAGUUGGAGGUGGAAAGACGUGAGGCUCUUUGCAGGCAUCUGUCUGAAAGCGAAAGCUCUUUAGAGAUGGAGGAGGAACGUCAAUACAACGAACAAAUGUUAGGUGUGCGUCAACACACCGUGUCUCCGAUUCCGUACAAUCCUUCGCCAAGUCAAAGUCGUCCACUAAGUCCAGGUAGGGGCAUGUCACAAAUGCAAGCGCCAUCGCCACGGGAUUCAUUAGGUGCCGGAGCCAUGUCGGCGCCACCGCGUUGCCAUUCGUGCGGUCAGAUGGUGAACCCCGCUUGUGUUCCAUCGACAGCAGCCGGUGGCGGACUGUUACCGUUGGGGGGUGCGGGUAGUCCACCGGCUCCACCCCAUCGAAGAGCAAGCGAACGCUUCAUCAAGCCGGCCAUUCCAGCUCCCCAACCGGCUAGUCCAAUGGACACCUCGAUGAAUAAGGAUUAAACUAUGACGAAACUAUAACGCAUUCAUAUAUUGGACUUUGCAGUUUUGAAGGACUCUCAAUGUUCAUUGAUCGUCGUCCCCCUCUGCGUAUUUCCGUGCUAACAUUUACGUUUCAGUAUAUAUACCUGUUUAUACAUAUAAACCAAAUACUAUGUGCAGCUAAAAACUGAAAAUUUUUGGUGUGCAAACAUCUUUGCUUUGCUAAUUUACUCAAGACUUGUAUGUGUACUUAUAUAUUAUGCCAUUAUAUAAUCGGGGCAAGAGAUGUCCCAUUAAAUCUAUAAUUUUAUAAUUAAAUGUUUCUUAUUGUGAUGUAAACAUUAAUCUUUAGUGGUGAAUUUGAUGACAGCCACUUUGCUGAAACAUUGCCAAUACUAUUCACAGAAUUGUGAUAAUUCAAUUUCUUAAAUUAGAGUUGUAAGGCAAGUUAACAAUGAGGAAUAUAGUUCCAUUAUAGGACUAUCUGUAAUUUGUCAUAAGUACAUUAUUCUCUCCGUGUGGGCGCGAGUUAUUGGUUUUAUGUCAUCUUUAUUUCUCUUAAUUUCAACAUCUUGUUUUUUAUCUGAUAAAUAUUUAAGUUUUGCUUUUUAAUACCUAUUUUAAUGAUCUGCUGCUAGUGGUGACUAAUCAAUCUGUAUUUGUUGCUGCUAUUAUUAUUAUUAUUAUUAUUACAUGUAAACAGUAGUUCGUUCACAUUAAAAUCUUCCUAGAGGACUUACUAUUGAGAAAACUUGAAAAGUAUAGCUGGAAAAAUGGAUUUUUACUGUGUAUUUACUCAUGGAUUAGGAGUGGUGUUUUUGUGUUGUUUAUGAUCUUGCUCCUGAGGAGAAGCGAUUAAUUAGUUGCGCAAAUAUUGUCAAAACUGAUUGAUCAGUUGAGAAAAGUGAUAUUAGAAUGUAAUUUGUUUAUGUAAGGUAAAAAUUAUUUGAAUCAAAUUCAUUUAUGUAAAAUUAUUCAACAUGUAAAAACAGAUGUAAAAAUUAGUAAUUUUUACGAAUGAAACGAAAAAUAAAUUAGCCAGGGUCUAAGAGUAACACUAUAGAUUAAGUUUUAUGUUGAAUAUUUUUCUUUUCUUUAAAUUUUGGUUAUUUGUUUCUGUAUUUUGAAGAACAAAUUUGUUGUCUUUUAUUAUUGUAAUUAAAAAUAAAUGGUUGAUUAAACGAUAUUUAGAUAAA